AUGGCUGAAAAUCUUUUAGAUUUUAGCAAAGAAUUUGAUGUUGGCUUGAUGGACAAAGUUGUCAUGGCCUUUUAUACAGGCUCUGGUAAUGAGCAACAAAUGGCCCAACAAGUUUUAACCCAAUUUCAAGACCAUGAUGAAGCUUGGACACGUGUUGAUGGUAUUUUAGAGAAAUCUAGUAUUCCUCAAACAAAGUUUAUCGCGUUGCAGAUUUUGGAAAAGUUUAUUCAAACAAGAUGGAAUACCUUACAAGCUGAUAGUAGAAAUGCUAUUCGUUAUUUUAUUGUUAAUGUUAUUGUAAAACAAUCUUCUGAUGAUGCAACAUUAGUAAAGGAACGUACCUAUAUCAACAAGCUCAACAUGGUUCUAGUUCAGAUCCUUAAACAAGAAUGGCCUCAUAAUUGGCCCUCUUUUAUUCCUGAAAUUAUUGCUUCAAGUAAGACCAGUCUUCCACUUUGUGAAAAUAAUAUGGCCAUCUUGAAGCUUUUGAGUGAAGAAAUUUUUGAUUUCUCUGAUGAACAAAUGACUCAAAUCAAAGCAUCUACUUUAAAAACACAAAUGAAGCAGGAAUUCGCACAAAUUUAUGACUUGUGUAGAGAGAUUCUCGACAAAGCUGUCAAGCCUAGUCUUAUUAAAGCUACCCUUGAGACUUUAUUGAGAUUUGUUCAUUGGGUCCCCAUUGGUUAUAUAUUCGAAACUGAUCUCAUUGAAACACUUCGAGCUAAAUUUUUUGAAGUACCUCAAUUUAGAAAUGUCACACUUAAAUGUUUUACUGAAAUUAGUGCAAUUGAGAUUACUGAAGCGUAUUAUGACAAAAUUGUAUUUAUGUUUACCAGUGUUAUGACAGCUACAAAUACCAUGAUUCCUCCUAGUACAGACAUUGCUGAAGUUUAUGAAAAUAGUAACGACAACGAUCAAGAUUUUGUUCAGAAUUUAGCUUUAUUCCUUACAACUUUCCUUUCUCAACAUCUUAAGGUUGUUGAACGUUAUCCUAAUUCUCACGAGCUUCUUGUCAAUGCACAUUUCUAUCUUAUUAAAAUUUCUCGUGUCGAAGAUCGUGAAAUUUUCAAGAUUUGUUUGGAAUAUUGGGCCAAGUUAGUACAAGGUUUAUUUGAAGAAGCAGCUUUAGCAAAUCAAGGAACCAGUUCAUUGUUAGAUUUAAAUAACUUGGGUGGUUUCAAUGGCGCGUCUAGAAAGAACCUUUACCUUUCCGUUCUGUCUAACUUGAGAGUUGUUAUGAUUGAACGUAUGGUUAAGCCUGAGGAAGUUUUAGUUGUUGAAAAUGAUGAAGGUGAAAUUGUAAGAGAAUUUGUAAAGGAAAGUGAUACUAUUGUUUUAUACAAGAGUAUGAAAGAAGUUCUUGUUUAUCUUACCAAUCUUGAUGUAAAUGACACUGAAGAAAUUAUGACUGCCAAGUUAGCCAGACAGAUGGAUGGAAGCGAAUGGUCUUGGAAUAAUCUAAAUAAAUUAUGUUGGGCUAUUGGUUCUAUUUCAGGUGCUAUGAAUGAAGAAACUGAGAAACGAUUCUUAGUUACUGUCAUUAAGGAACUCCUUUCUCUUUGUGAAAUGAAACGUGGUAAGGAUAAUAAGGCAGUCGUUGCUUCAAAUAUUAUGUAUUGUGUUGGACAAUAUCCUCGAUUCUUGAAGGCUCAUUGGAAAUUCCUAAAGACGGUCGUUAAUAAAUUAUUUGAAUUUAUGCAUGAGUCCCAUGAAGGUGUUCAGGAUAUGGCUUGUGAUACAUUUAUUAAGAUUGCUCAGCAAUGUAGACGUCACUUUGUUGUCCAACAACAAGGUGAAGUACAUCCUUUUGUUGAAGAUAUUCUCGAUAACAUCAAUCGCAUUACUUCUGAUCUUGCCCCUCAACAAAUCCAUACCUUUUAUGAAGCUAUUGGUUAUAUGGUAGCUGCUCAAACAAACCCUCAAGCUCAAGAAAGAUUGAUGAACAAAUUCAUGCAACUUCCUAAUUCUGCUUGGGAUAAUAUGAUUAAUCAAGCUAAGCAAAAUACGGAGUGUUUGAACAAUGCAAAUGAAAUUAAGGUGUUGGCAAAUGUUCUCAAGACAAAUGUUGCAGCUUGCUCCUCUGUAGGACCUGCUUUUAUCAUUCAAUUAAGCAGAAUUUAUAUGGAUUUAUUAUCUCUUUACCAAAUUGUUGGCAAUUUAGUAUCUCAAAGUGUUUCAGCACAAGGUGUUAUUGCCACAAAGACACCUAAAGUUCGCGGUUGGAGAACGAUUAAGAAAGAAAUUUUAAAAUUGAUUGAUACCUAUAUUGAAUGUGCUACUGAUAUUAAUGCUGUCAAUAACAAUAUGGUUAGUCCUUUCUUAGAAGCUGUAUUGACUGACUAUAAUGCAAACGUGGAUGCUGCUAGAGAUGCUGAAGUAUUGAAUGUUAUUGCUACUAUUAUUAACAAGUUGCAGUCAUUGAUGACCCCCCGUGUUCCUAUUAUUUUUGAAGCCACCUUUGAACCUACUUUAAAUAUGAUUACUAAAGACUUUGCUGAAUACCCAGAACAUAGAACAGGCUUCUACUCCAUGUUGAAGGCCAUCAAUAGACAUUGUUUCCCUGCCUUAUUAGAAUUAGCACCUGCUCAAUUCAAACUCUUUAUUGACAGUAUUGUCUGGGGAUUCAAACAUACCAUGCGUGAUAUUGCUGAUAUCGGUCUUGAAACUUGCGGUGAAUUGAUUGAUAACAUUAGUCGCACAGAUGCUGCUGUUGCUGGUGCCUUUUAUCAGUCAUACUACCUUAGUAUCCUUCAAGAUAUUUUCUUUGUACUCACAGAUCGUGAUCAUAAGAGUGGAUUUAAGGGACAAACAGAAGUAUUGGCACGUCUUUUCCAAUUAGUUUCUAAUAACAUGAUUGCAGUUCCUCUCUUUGAUGCAUCUCAAGCGUCCAACCCCAAUAUGUCUAAUGCUGACUUUUUGCGUGAAUAUGUUUCCACUCUUCUUCAAAAUGCUUUCCCACAUCUCCAACCUGGACAAAUUAAGGUCUUUGUUCAAGCUAUGUUUGAAUUCAAUAAUAGCCCAACUAAGUUCAAGUUAGAAGUACGUGACUUUUUGAUUCAGUUGAAAGAGUUUGCAGGCGAAAAUGCAGAACUAUACUUGGAAGAAAAGGAAAAUGAAUUAAAGGCUCAAAGAGAAGCAGAAAUGGCCAAGGCAUUAGCUAUUCCUGGUAUGGUUAAACCUUCUGAGUUACCAGUUAUGGAUGAAGAUGAAGCCCUUUAA